AUGGCGGACCGGCGGCGCGCGUGGAACACGGAGGAUGACCUGCCCGUGUACCUGGCGCGGCCGGGCAGCGCGGCGCAGACCCCGCGCCAGAAGUACGGCGGCAUGUUCGCCGCGGUGGAGGGCGCCUACGAGAAUAAGACCAUCGACUUCGACGCGUACAGCGUGGGCCGCCGCGGCUCGGCGCGCACGCCGCGCAGUGCUGGCCGGCUUGAUGCGGUCGGCCUGCCGGGGCCCGGCGGCAGCGAGGACACGGCCAGCGACGUGAGCGAGCCCUCGGGCUCGGCCGUCAGCUCGCCGGGCGAGCGCGACGACAGACCGCCCGCGCUGCGCAUCCGCUGCCCCGCGCCCCGCGACCUGCCACUCGGCCGGGACAAUGGCCAGAGUGACCGACUCCUCAUCAAGGGCGGACGCAUCAUCAACGAUGACCAGUCCUUCUACGCCGACGUCUACCUGGAAGAUGGACUCAUAAAGCAAAUAGGAGAGAACUUAAUUGUUCCCGGUGGAGUGAAGACCAUUGAGGCCAAUGGGCGGAUGGUUAUUCCUGGAGGUAUUGAUGUCAACACCUACCUGCAGAAGCCCUCCCAGGGGAUGACGGCUGCUGAUGACUUCUUCCAAGGGACCAAGGCAGCGCUGGCGGGCGGGACCACAAUGAUCAUUGACCACGUUGUUCCUGAACCUGGGUCCAGCCUGCUGACCUCCUUUGAGAAAUGGCAUGAAGCAGCAGACACCAAAUCCUGCUGCGACUACUCCCUCCAUGUGGACAUCACCAGCUGGUAUGAUGGCAUUCGGGAGGAGCUCGAGGUCCUGGUGCAGGACAAAGGAGUCAAUUCCUUCCAAGUCUACAUGGCUUACAAGGAUCUCUACCAAAUGUCCGAUAGCCAGCUCUACGAAGCCUUCACCUUCCUUAAGGGGCUGGGAGCUGUGAUCCUGGUCCACGCAGAAAAUGGUGAUUUGAUAGCUCAGGAACAGAAGCGGAUCUUAGAGAUGGGCAUCACGGGUCCUGAGGGCCAUGCUCUGAGCAGACCUGAAGAGCUGGAGGCCGAGGCCGUGUUCCGGGCCAUCACCAUCGCGGGCCGGAUCAACUGCCCUGUGUACAUCACCAAGGUGAUGAGUAAGAGCGCGGCGGACAUCAUCACCCUGGCCAGGAAGAAAGGCCCCCUCGUUUUUGGGGAACCCAUCGCUGCCAGUCUGGGGACGGAUGGCACCCAUUACUGGAGCAAGAACUGGGCCAAGGCGGCGGCCUUCGUGACCUCCCCUCCCCUGAGCCCGGACCCCACCACGCCUGACUAUUUGACCUCCCUACUGGCCUGUGGAGACCUGCAGGUCACGGGCAGCGGCCACUGUCCCUACAGCACUGCGCAGAAGGCGGUGGGCAAGGACAACUUCACUCUGAUCCCUGAGGGCGUCAACGGGAUAGAGGAGCGCAUGACCGUGGUCUGGGACAAGGCGGUGGCUACUGGCAAGAUGGAUGAGAACCAGUUUGUCGCUGUUACCAGCACCAACGCAGCCAAGAUCUUUAACCUGUACCCCAGAAAAGGGCGGGUUGCCGUGGGCUCGGACGCGGACGUGGUCAUCUGGGACCCAGACAAGGUGAAAACUAUAACAGCCAAGAGUCACAAGUCGGCCGUGGAAUACAACAUCUUUGAAGGCAUGGAGUGCCACGGCUCCCCGCUGGUGGUCAUCAGCCAGGGCAAGAUCGUCUUCGAGGAUGGCAACAUCAACGUCAACAAGGGCAUGGGCCGCUUCAUCCCCAGGAAGCCCUUCCCCGAGUACCUCUACCAACGUAUAAGGAUCCGGAACAAGGUUUCUGGGUUGCAAGGGGUUCCCAGGGGCAUGUAUGACGGGCCUGUGUACGAGGUGCCAGCCACACCCAAAUAUGCAACUCCCGCUCCUUCUGUCAAAUCCUCGCCUUCCAAACACCAGCCUCCACCCAUCAGAAACCUCCACCAGUCCAACUUCAGUUUAUCAGGAGCCCAGAUAGAUGACAACAACCCGCGGCGCACCGGCCACCGCAUCGUGGCGCCCCCUGGUGGCCGCUCCAACAUCACCAGCCUCGGGUGAAGGCGAGGCGUGGAUGAGCCAGAGUGAAGGAUUCUGGGAAGGACGUCCGCCCCUUACCCUGUCAGUGUUUGGAAGCCCACAGUUGUGUUUGGUACUGAUGGAGGGGGGAGGGAGAUGGAAUGAUGUUCUUUCCCUGUUCUUGGUUUAGGAAGCAGUGGUACUAGUGUGGUGUGUUUGCUUGGAAAUCCCCCGCCCACAGUCGUGUGUUCAUCCGAGUCCACCUCAGAGCAUGGCGUCUCCGCAGGCCCCUCCUUAGUGAACACAGGUUCUGACCUUGUCUUGUACUGUCCCCCCACUCCUGACGCCACGGGCUUCACGGUUCUCCGAGUGGUUCCCCUGCACCCCUCUAGCUGUUCUAGGAUAGUUGAUGCAUGUUACUAAGUUAUGUAUGCGAGUCCGUGCGUGCGUCUGAUGGAAGUCGGCCCGAAGACCCACGUAGACACGAAGCCCAGACCUCAAGCCCUCGCGGGGGCGGCAACUCCAGAUCUCUCACAAGGAACGUGUGUCCUCAUCGCCCCACCCCACCACACCCGCCGUGAGGUCCUGGGUGGGUUCCCCCAGGCCAGAGAGCCCGCCAGCCCCAACCGCUUACCGAGAAGCCGCGCCCACGUCCGUGUCGGGAACCCUGGUCUCCGUGGCGCCGCUAGCUCGCCAUGUCUUUCCGGUCCGUGUGUGUCCUUCCAGCCAGCUCCGGACUGCGGGCCGAGCCAGGUUCACCCUCAGAAAGGGGUCUCCCGCCCGCGUUCGGGGCUGAGGACCGUGGGACCACGGCUGCUCCCGGUGCCCAAGUCCUGGUCCCUCCAAGGUGGAUGAUGAAGCAGUCGGAUUUUUAAAGUUUUGUACAUAGUUUUCCUUUGUAAUCACCCCCAUUUUUACUUAACAACUGACUUAUUGUGACUCUUAUUUCCGAAUUCAAAGCUUGUGAAAAAAUAAAAAAUCAA